GCGCUACUCACAUGAGCAUACGCUUCUCCGCGCCGCACGCGGACACUCUAACGGACCCCCUCGCGCCGGCAGACCGCGCGCCGUUCAUGGAUCGUUCCCAGCAAAGCACUUUUAUUUUCCUUUAUUUUCCGUCCAUCAUCCCGGAACACCUACGUGCUUAACUUUUGCGCGCGAACUUUCCUGCCCCUUGAAACAUGCGCGUGCACAAGCAACCGGCUUAUGGAAGCUCGUGGAGGACGCACGCGCUGCUGCAGCUGUUUCUACAGCUGGUUGUGAGGAAGGCGGUGGAAGCCAUGCACCCUGACUGUGCUUUGGUUUUGCAGCUGAUGAAGGCUGAGGAAGAAUGUGACCUGAUAAUGAAGCUGGAGGAGAGGAACCACUCUGCCAGGACUGGCUGUCCGACGACUUGGGACAACAUUUGCUGCUGGCAGGGUGUUGAGGUGGGACAGGUGAUCAGCGUCUCGUGUGCAAAUGUCUCCCAGCUGUUCAGCAACAAUCAAGGUUACAUUUACAGGAAUUGCACCGAGGAGGGAUGGUCAGACCCCUACCCGUCCUACGAGGAAGCCUGCGAGUUCACAGAAGUUGAAGAUGCAGAACCAGAGACAACAUACUUCUCCAACUUCAAGCAGGUGUACACUGCCGGCUACGCUACCUCCCUCAUCUCUCUCAUAUCGGCUAUUUUUGUCUUCACUGCCUUUAGGAAGUUUCACUGCACCAGGAACUACAUCCACAUUAACCUGUUCUUCUCCUUCAUCCUGAGAGCGAGUGCCGUUUUCAUCAAAGACGCCGUUCUGUUCUCUGAUGAAAACCUGGAUCACUGCUUCAUGUCCACAACAUCCUGUAAGUCUGCUGUGGCCUUCUUCCAGUUCAGCAUCCUGGCCAACUACUUCUGGCUGCUGGUGGAGGGCAUGUACCUGCAGACACUGCUGGCUCUCACAUUUGUCUUCCAGAAGAAGUACUUCUGGUGGUAUAUACUCAUAGGCUGGGGUCUCCCAACCACCAUCAUAACAGCCUGGAUCCUAACUCGAAACUUCUACGAUAACAGGGGGUGUUGGGAUGACACAGAUGUGGCCUUCAUCUGGUGGAUCAUAAAAGCCCCAAUAACCAUAUCACUGCUGGUAAACUUCAUCAUCUUCAUCAAUGUGAUCCGGAUUCUGGUCCAGAAGCUCAGGUCUCCCGGAGUUGGUGGCAACGACACCAGCCACUUUAAGAGAUUGGCCAAAUCCACCCUGCUGCUCAUUCCCCUGUUUGGGAUGCACUACAUGGUGUUCGCCUUCCUGCCAGAAAACACAGGAGCUGAAGCCCGAAUCUUUAUCGAGCUGGGACUGGGAUCCUUCCAGGGCUUUGUUGUGGCGUUACUGUAUUGUUUCCUGAAUGGUGAGGUGCAGGCGGAGCUGAAGAAGCGGUUCUGGAAGUGGCAGACUCAGAGUUAUCUCAGCUACAGUAAACGACGGCGUACAUUUUUCAACGAAAGCAGCACCAUCACUCAAAUAUCUGUCCUGGACAAAUCCAGUCCCAAAGAGCAGCUGGGCUCAGAAGCACAGGCACUCACACCGAGCAACGUUUCUACUGUGUGAACCCCCCCCCCAAAGAAAAAUCAUCUGACUGCAGCUGGUACUCAAGUACUUUUCUGGGAGCCUGAUUGAUCUUUGGACCUGAGCAAUGACUAAACCACAAAGCUUGAAUGUAGAAGGUACUUCAUAUGUUUCUAGGAAUUUAUUACUGAAAACAAUGAGACAUAAAUGCUUAGAAAGAAGUCAGUAGCUCCCUCACUUAACAACUCAAUGUGUGAUUCAGUGACAAAUCAUAUCUUGUAUCUUUGUUGUUUUGGGGAUAAUUCAUUGAGAAUUACUUAACAGUUUAAUUUUAAAAACGGAUUUUGUUAUGGUUUGUGCUUAGUCUCAUAAAUAUUGACAAAUACUUGCUCUAACUUGUAUCCCUCUCAUGCUACGUACACACCGGGUAUGUAACGUGCAUUCAAGAAUGCAUUAAAAGCAAGUUCUUAAAUGAACUUUUAGCAAAUUGUGUUCCCACUUUGACUAUUGCUACCCGAUACUAGCGCGUGUAACUACAGUUGGAAGAGGCUUGGUGUAAAAUGUUUAAGCGGUGACAUUUGGCACCAGACUUUUUCUUUCACAGCUCGAUUCUGAUAUAUGAAAGACUUGGUGUCAAAUAAUUACAGCCGGACAAAACUGCAAUCAAUAAUUUCUCCUUCAUGAUUGAUUUUGAACAGUUGGCAAUUCCGUAUAUAAAUCAAUCCGAGUCCAUGAAUGGUCAAAGUUUACCUGGUUUAACACUCAACGUGCGUUUAAUGGCAGAGUUUUGUACAAAAACGGUCACAGAGACUUGUGCAGCUAAGCGUGAACGUGAGAGUUUUGAAUGCAAAAGCCUGAAAUGCGCUUAUAUAUGCAUUUAAAUAAACCGUUUAUUGGAAGUGGGCACUUGAACGUACAUUCCCGAGGGCGGUGUGAAUGUAGCACUAAUACGUGUUUGUGGUAUUUUGUUCACAUUUCAUGCUAACAUAAUUAAAAGGGAAAAAGAUUAGCACAAAUAAAACUAAAGUUUUCAGGAUGUUUAAAGACUUUAAUGCAUUUAUAUAUUUGCAUUGGAGAUUUCUUUUUUUUAAAUUGUGAAAACUGGACCAGUUUAGCGCCAGCUCCACAUCACAAAACACAACAUGGAACCUUUACAUAAGACACAAUGUAGUUUACACAGUUGAAUAAAGUCUUUGACUUUGACUCUCAACUCAUGGGCAUCCAGUAGCUGUCCGUUAAUUCAUAGAAUCUAAGAAAAGGUUUGCUGGAAAAAGCACUGACCAAGCUGCAGAAGACUUUGAAAGAUGUCAAUGAUUUUGAGUUUCAUUACAUAAAUAUUUGAAAGUUUUACAAGAACCACAUUUAACAUGAACAACACAUUGCAAUUACAGUUUAAAAAAAUAUCCUGGCAUAUGCCAGAAGAGGUACAGUGUUCCUUCAUCAAUUGCUGGGGAUAGAUUCUAAAACUAACCUGCAAUAGACUCCUAACUACACACUUCAUACACUUUUCUUUGACAGACAUGAACAUUUCAAACGUUUCUUUGUUGUUUAAACUGUCAAAGUUCUAACCUUUAUUGAAAAAUUUGUAUUGUGGAAUGAAAACAAAGAUCUGAUUGCAAUUUAAGAUUUAUGCAGAUUUGGCGAACUGAAGUGAGGAGAUUGAUUGGCAAGUUUUACAGCCAAUCAGGAUGCAGCAAACAGUUCCCUGUAUAAAUAAACAAACAAAAGAUAUGCAAGCCUCCAAAAAGUUAACCGUAAUAUAGCAAAACAACACUUUCAUUUAAGAAAGUUAUGUAACAAUGGAUGGAUUUCUUUUUGAUUCAAUGUGCACAGUUUAGAUUUAGAAAAUGCCUUAUGAUGGUAAUUUAUAUGAUUUCUUUUCGACAACAGAUACGAUAAUCUGCUUGUUUAAGCCCCAGAUUGUUUUUACUGUUAACAUGUAGAGUUGUAGCUCUAGGAAACAUUUUUAAGGCAUGCUGUAUAUGAAAAGGAGCUCCUUAGCCUGUCAAUUGACCACAUAGAUGCACACACAAAAAAUGAAAGCAUAACUCAUGUCAAAAUAAGGAGUUAAAAAAUUAACAUUGCCCAUGAAGGCAGACACAAUUCAUGUUCUUUGUCAUUCUAUUUAAAUUCUUUUAACUUUUCAAAAACUUUUUCUGAGCUGGAACUUUCAUGGUGAUAGCUAUGCUCCAACCAAACAAAAUGUUGGAUGAAAACUUUCUUUGUGAUCAGUCCAGUCAUUUUUGAGAAUGCCUCAUUUAUAGGUCAAUUGGUGAUCCUGUGCGUGUGUGUGUGUGUUUGUGGCCCUUUGAUGGACUAGCUGCAUGUCUACGGUUUUGCCCUGCCUUUGCCAUAACUGGGAUAGGCUCCAGCAACCUCAAUGAUCUCACACAGGAUAAAGCAAGUGUUGAAAAUGGAUGGAUACAAAGCCUUAAUUUAUAAUGGGAGAAAAUUCUGGAUUUUAAAUUUCCAAAAGAAAAUAUAGUUAUAGCUUAAGUUGGAUUACAGGAAUAAGUUUCUCAUUCAAUGCUAAUUAAAAUAAAAACUGUGUAAUGUUUGGGUUUAAUGCUAUGUGCAACCAACUCAAUUUUCUCUAAAUUCUGGUUUAGAAAGUUUGAAAGAUCUUCUUUUAGUCAUAUGAUUUGAAUGAGUCAUUGCUGCAAAACUCAAAACAAUUUUUUUUAUUUAGUUAAAGCUUUUAUUUUUAAUGUCAUAUUCGUUUUUCACAUACAUUUUAAAACCUUUGAUUUUUCUUUUUCUUUUUAAAUAUAUAUAUUUUCAUGUUUACUGGACACCAAAAAGGCUGUUAUGCUUUGCUCAUGUCAUAUAUAAACAGUUUCAGUUAGCAAGAAACAAGGCUUUUCUUAUAUUAUCUGUCUCAGCUCAUACGAUGAGUUUUAAUAAACUGAACACGAGUUCAGGCUGAUUAACCCUUUAAUACUAGAGCUUUAGCUCUAGUAUUUUCAUUCUUUCAACUACCAUAACUCUUCCACCAUUUAUGCAAUUGACGUAUUUCCAGCUGAUUCUGAAGAAGAGAAAAGCAGCCUUUUGCUGUUAUGCAACACUUAACAGCAGUGAAGACCUUACGCAAUCAACGUAAAUCAGCUGAUUCUGUUGGGGGAAAAAGCAGCUUGGCGCUGUUAUGCAACACUUUACAUUAGUAAAGUGUUGGAUUUUGGCGCAAAGCUGAUAUGAGAAGCUGCUUUUCUCCUUGUGAGAAUCUGCUGAUUUAUGUUGAUCGUGUAAAUGGUCACAUAUUUAAAGAGUUGUUUUUUUUUUUUUUUUUACUUGUUCUGUCCAACAACUGAGCGAAUAGAUAAGACCUGAAAGCCUUUUGUGUUGGACCGGGUUUACUAUUACAAAAAGAGGUUAUGUAUCUUCGGAUAACCAGGGUGUAUAUUUGCAGUGUCACAGUGUGCACGUGGGGGUGAAGAUGCAAGCACGCUGCCAAAGUGUACCAUGUGAUGUCAUGAGUAUGAGUUGUUAGAUGUCGUGAGUGACAGCUCCGGUGUUAAAGGGUUGAACAGAGCCAGGUGUCCUGAGCCAGUUGUUCCAUUGCUAAAGGACAUUCUUUUCCCUAGUGUUUGGCAAAUCAUUAUUUAAUUUUGUUCAUCUUUAUCUUAUAGUACGUUAAUCCUUAACUGUGUGUGACGUCUGUGUUGUAUUACCAACUCAGAGCCAUCUGGUUUGUUGGCAUUCCUGUGUGAUCACGAUACAUUGGAGUUCAUGGGAAACCGUCCGUCUUGUUAUCAGUGGUUCUGCCUGCAACAUCUUGCACAGCGCAUUAGCGCACAUCUGGAGCACUAGACUGUAAAAGCUAUUUAAUCAGCAGAUUAUUUCGUUGCUAGUGUGAAUGUAAGUUGACACAAAGCAGAGUUGUUUUGUAGAGUUCGAAUUAAGGAACAUUUUGGUGUAGGAAUCUUUGCCUAGUGCGUGUUUAAAUGCCACAUAUUUUUGUAGAGUAAAAUGGCUGUUUAAUUUUUGUACAAUAACAAGAUGUUGUAAUAUAACCUGAUCAAUAAUCAGGAUUAUGUAUAAUCUGUGUGUUAAUGCUGUGGUCACCUGUCUUUUGGCAUUUUCAUUUCAUCCAUUUUGCAUGCAUGUACAGCGAAGAGUGUACUAAACAUGUACAGAUGUAUAGCUCCUAACUUUCUAAAUAAGUUUUAGAUUAGUACUCAGCUUUGGGUCACUGCAGUGCCUUUCUACAAUACAGGAUACAUCAGUGUUUAGUUACCAUUUAUGUGAGUUAAAUCUAUUUGUAGUCCUUAACCUUUGUGUACAUGUGCAUCAUUUUUCCAAAACCUGUUUUGAAAAGGUGUGUUUCUAGAAAAAUAUAUAAUAACAUCCGUGUUUAUGAUUUCCCUCACCAGAAUGAAGUUAUGAAAUACGUAAAAAGUCCACUUGAACCAUUGCCGUAAUCACCCUAGUUAUGAGAUAAUAUCCUUUGUAUCAUGGUUCGGGUGAAUUCUCUAUUCUGAUUGGCUGCUGAGUGUGCAUUAAAAAAGUGAUAUAACACAGUGAAAACUGCACGUCUAAAAAAGAAGUUCCGUCACAUAGCAUAAAUGUUCUAUAUCACCGCGCUGGCUUCUUUACAAAGAACUUUUGCUUCAUCAUCUGAAGAGGUGAACUUUCUCUCUGGACUGAUGCUUUAUUUAACACAUUGUGACGAUCAGCAUAUUUAUUGCUUUCCUUCGCUGCUGCACUUGAGGUCUGCGCCGGCUCACCCAGCUAAGGGGCGCGAAAGUUAUGUUCCCGUGACAACGCACCGCACCAGAUAACAAAUAGUCUGCUUUUUGUGAAAGAAGCAAUCUAAACCGAAAAAAUAGCAAGAAUAAAGUACUAAAAACUGAUUGAAUAUUAAUUUCUUUUGUAAGUGACCAUGGUAUAAGCGGGUUAGUGACCACUCCGAUUCGCGUCGCACAGUUCAGGCGUGCGUUGAUUUCUGAUAAUGCACACUUUGUCGGCCACUAAACCCUUACUUGGAGAAGCCAUAUUGUCUUGUAACGUUUGGACUCACAGAUAAAAUAUUCUGAGUGAA